GAGAUUCUGGGUCAGCAGUCAGAUUGGACGGGACAAAGUGCUGAAAAAGAACCUUGUCAGGAAACAACGGAGAUUUAUAAGAUUUUCCAAAAAUGGUUUGUCCAGGAUAUGGAAGAUUAUAAUAAUUUGUUAGUGGAGGAGUCCAUAGAGCAACCCA